AAAGUUAGCAUUCAAGUGUAAGACGUUAAGUAACACAUUCUCAGCGAUAGCUAAAAAAGUAUCUUGAAAACUCCUGAAGAUUGUCAUCAAUGGCAGCAAUGGCUUCAAUGACGAUGAGAUCUUCUACAGUGCUCAACUAUGGAGCAAGCCAAAAGAGCUUCAUGGGACACGUCAACAGAGCGCCACUCAGGAGCCUUCGAGUCAAGUGCAACGCAGAGCAGGCAGAUUCAGAAUCGAAAAAAGCCUCCCCAGUAAACGACAUUCCUUCGGCAUCUACUUCCGCACAAUCUGCAACCAGAAGCUCCGCGGCUCCAGUCCCCGCUAAAAAGGUCAGCACAAAGUUUGGUGACGUGUUCGCAUUCUCAGGACCAGCACCAGAGACUAUCAAUGGAAGGCUGGCCAUGGUGGGGUUCGUUUCGGCGGUUGCAGUUGAAUUAGCCAGCGGACAAGAUUUGGCGAGUCAGCUCAACAGUGGAGGGCUGCCGUGGUUUGUUUACAGCGUAGUACUGUUGUCGGCUGCGUCGUUGGUGCCCAUGUUCAGUGGAGUAUCGGCGGAGAGCAAGUCCCAGCCAAUAUUCUCAUCGUCGGCAGAAAUGUUGAACGGGCGUUUGGCUAUGAUUGGCCUAGCGGCCUUGGCUGUCACCGAGUUUGUGAAAGGGGGUCCUCUUGUAUAAAAAUUUAGCCUCUCCCAUUGUCCAAAUUUAUAAGUUACACUAUCUGUGAUGUAACGUUGUAACUCCAGUUUGCCAGCUGACAAUUGGGUACUCCCCCACUUGUCAUUCUCCUGAUUCGACUUUUCAACCUUCCUUCUGCAGUCAGAUUUAGCGGCAGAAUAAUAACCCUUGACAUUCUAUGCCACAUUUCUAGCAUACAUGUAAUAAGUAGUCACACCUCGCACACAGAAUCUUUUAUAAAAUGGACGGAUUUCAGACACA